GAUUCACUUCCACCCAAAUAACCAAGUGAAAAACACGUAAAACGGCGACAGAAAAUUUCCACCCCAAAAAAAAAGUUUUUUUUAUCCUUUACUUUUACUACGCGAGUCGAAAAAAGAGAUAGUUUUCGCGACGCAUUGUGUGUGUGUAUUUUUUUCCAGUUCUAGUGAAACAAUUUAGGGAUAAGAUCGCCACUCACAACAGGAUAUGGUGCAACAUUAUCCUGCCCAAGUGCCACAAUGGAAAUAAACCAAGAGGAUUAGCACCACAACCGAAGGCGAUUUUUCGCCUUGCACGUAUCAGUGUGUGCGUAAUGGCCAUUUCCAUACGAGUGAAAAUGUGCUUACAAGGAAAAACUAAACGAAUCGAAACAGUGAAAACAACGAUUAUGAUUGGAGCAAAGCAAUAAAUCAGGACAGUAAUCACGGUGCUGUGAGGGCAGGAAUAUCUCAUCCCGCAAAGUCCGUCGCAGAGCCAGCAGGUCAAGGAUAUUCCUCGGCAGACCCACCACCUGCCAGACCUGACCGUGAGGAAGAACAAAGAAAGACGGAACGGAAGGGGGUGGGGUGGACCGAGACAAAACACGAUGAUCACCAGCAGAGGGCCAACUUCAACUGCUGGCGGAGGUCUACUGUUGAUGUUCUACGGAAUUGCAGCCCUGUCCGAUCUACGUGACAUUAUACUGGGAGCGAGAGAGAAAAAUGACCCUCAAAAACAUAAGCAGCAGCAUCAGCAGUGGCAUAACGGAAAAAAGGACAUGUUGUAAUCCCUUCUAGCACUUAGUCGUGAUGAGCCGGGCCAGUACGCAGUAAAAGGAGGUUAUCCAAAAUAUCUAACAGUGCGGGUGCGGUGAAGUUGGUGGUGGUAGUGGUAGUGGUUGUGGUGAUUGGUGGAAAGUGCCGUAGUGCCGACAACAAAACAUAGAAAAUGACGUCGGAUUUGUCCUCGACCGCAACAGCAGCAGCAGCAGCAGGAACGCGACAAAAGCAUGGCUUGCUGUCUUACUGGGAACAUUCGUUUCCUGCUGGUGUCCAAUGGUGAUGCACACAUGUGUGUGUGUCUACUGUACGGUUUGUUGGUGCCUGGGGUGAAAGUGUGUGCCUAUGCCGAAAAUCUAUGACUGCGAAAUGAAAACAUUAACACAUAUGGACAAAAGAGGCAACCGUAACAAGUGAAGAACGGCAAUUCUGUUUCCUGGGAAUAUUGACUUAAAUCAAUCAAAAUUAAUCUACAAAUGCACAGAAAAGAUUCAGUCGUGGCGGCUCGUUUCUGCGAGGGUGGACACCGGUGCCUUCCGCCGAAGGAAUGUUGCGCCCAGGGUUGCUGCUAUCUAUACGCACCGCCCAGUGCCCCGCGAACACCGACUCCGGCAACGGACCACGUGCUGAAUCUGUUCUUCAUCAACCACUGGUACUUCUGGUGCUUCCUGCUGGCCAUCGUGUUGGCCCUGCUGUGUGCCUGUUCCCUGUGGAAGAAACGCCGCCAGCUGUGCGGUUGGGGUUCACCGGGUCACCACUCGCAAUCGGAAGGCGACUCGGCGGGAUCGUGCUACGCACCGCCCCAGUACAGCCGGUGCAACUCGUUCCACAUCCACGCCCCACCGCCGUACACUGAGGUGACUUCCAAACCGGACCUCUAUCCGCUGGUAUUCAGCUAUACCGGUGAUACGGCCAAGGCAGGAGGUCCCGGUGGAGGAGGAACCAACUAUCUGAUGGUGCAAUACUUCCGCAACUACAUUGUCCGACCGGUGGGAUCACUGUCCGGUGCGAGUACCGUAGAUUCGCUGAGCUCUAGUUUCAUCUGUACGGCUAACGAGGCCAACACGUUGAUACCGCCGCCAUAUUCGCGAGCGGCUAGUCCGGAUCAUUCGAUUUCGAUCCGGAACUAUAGUGGUAUGCCGCGGUCGGCUUCACAGCAGGCUUGCACCUUGGAAGGUGCCAGCAGUGGACACCGGCCGAACUCGGUGCCCAACUCGAACUACUACGGAGGUUUCGUCGGAGGUCACGGAUUUGUCCUGCGAGCUUCAGAAAGUGCCCAAUUCAAUAAUAUACUAAGCAACGGAGGUGAAGGUCGCAGUGGGGAUAGCGGAGGUAGAAGUAGCGAACAGUCGGGCAGUUCGGCGCAAAUUUCCGGUUCACAAAGUGAUCACUAUCGAUUUAGUGUACACAACAGCAACACCAACAACAACAGUGUUGCCAGCGAAGCAUCCAAUCCGAUGGGUUUGGUGUAUGCGCAGCACCAUGCCGCACCGGUGGCCUCAUCCAAUCACAGCGAAUCUAUCGGUGGUAGUCAGGACAGUGUACAACCACCAACCGCUAGCGAAGAUAGAAACAAUAGUAACGCAAACGGUAAUGCGUCUACGCAUAGAAAUAGUCUGGCGAAUGCGAACAUCUACAGUUCGUGUGGUUCGAUCGGUGGAAUAUCGAUAACCAUACCGGCGAACUCGGAGUGUGGCUACCAGGAUCUGAACGCACUGCGACAGAGUCUGGAAACGUGCUGUCAGAUCCUGCAGCAAAAGCAGGCCCAAUUCCGAAACUCACAUCAACAGCCUUCCUCUGGUUUCACGGCGAACAGUGAAGACUCGCCCAUCAACAUCGAACUAGCGAAGAAAUUCGAAGGACUACGCAGUUCCUACAUCGGUUCGAACACCGGCUCCAACGUGUCCAGUUUGGCAAACCUGGGAACACCGGAUUCACCGCCACGUGCCACCAGUCCAACACUGGAAGUCCGUGAGCUGCUGGAACAGAUACGACAACUGCAGAACGUCAGUACAACGAAUAGCGCAAGUGAAGGAAUCAUCGUAAUAAACCCUCAACCUCAGCCCUCAGUUGACGUUUCAGCGACGGUAUCAAAUAGUUCAAUCAACAUUAACAACAACAACAUCAACAAUAACAAUAACAAUAGUAAUAGCAAUGCUAGCAGUGUCGCAACUGCGUCACCAUCGUCUAGCCAUCCCGCGAGAAGACCAUCCUCACUGACCAGCAAGAAAAAGUUCUUCUCCAAACAUCCCUCGCAGGGAUCGUCUCUCGGUGGUCACAAAGCUCUGUACAUUCCCAUUUCAUCCAACAACAACAACAACAGCCAAUCGCAUUAUCCCACCGGGGAUCGUGGCGGACGGUCCUUGUGGAGCCCCUCGUCCGCGGCAAGUGCCGCAGCCAUCGGUUUGCUAAGCCGAGGCCGAAGUCGCUGCAUCUGGAUGUCGAAAUCGGCACCGACAACACCCGGCACUGGGUUGCCUCCUGGUGGCGCAGGCGGCGCUGGAGGUGCCAUCGGAGACAACAGUCCGCUUCUGCUGGACGAACAGGACGAGGAUGGCGAACAGAAUGUGUAGACUUGAUAGGAAGGGUUUUCGAUUUUGUGAAUCGUUUAGAGUUACCAUUAAGGGUGCAAAGAAUAGGACGCUUUUCGUGCUUUCCGUACUCGGUGCUUUCGGUUCGUGAAACCGGAUUUAGGCAGUUUUGUUGACAGUUGUAUCGCGAGUUAGUGCGAGACUGGUGGACAAUCAGUUUUUUUCUCACACUAGGAUGUGGUGGUUGACCACAGUCACUUUCAGAACAAUAAUUAGUUUCGUAGAAGUUUUCCUGUGCUUGUGAUCUAAUGACGCAGUUUCAAACUUUGUAUUUCUAGAUUCUUAGGCAAAAUGACCAACAAAAAUAGUGAGAGUUUGAUGAAAAGUUCUUGAUUUGUUCAACUUCAGUAUCUGAGUGACACGUUCAGUUUCAAAAACUUCUCAAUUAAUCUCAACUCUACAAUAUCGGCUAACAUUUACACAAUAACAACGAUACCGUGAACGGAGCCCACAUGACAAUCCAAGACAGGGAGAUGGAGCAAUUACAGAACGUCUUUUUUUAUCCAAGUAGGUAACUUUGUAGGUGCUCGUGGUUGUCGACUUUGAUGUUUUGGUUUUUCAUGUGAACAAAAUUUCCUAGGUUACGGUGUUCAAGGGCCAGAACCGGUGUUCAAGGGCCAGCAUAACCCAAAACGGUUCAAAUAAUUUUGAGCCCAGCUUUGAAGAUUUUUGGUAUCGUCAUUUUCUACGACAGUUUGAAUUUUAAUCACCCUGUAAUUCCAGAAUUGGAGAAACAUUCAGUAAUUUUGUAAGGGACACUAAGUCUUUUAAUUUGAAUUUUUGUUUGUAAAAUUCGUUUUGACCUUCUUUGCAGGAACGAUUGAGCUCUUUCGGAACCGGAAUUCGAAAAUCCGUAAAGCCUAAAUCAGUUAAAUUCACAUAAGAGAUUGUAAGCCAUUUCAUUUGAUUCAAAAUUUUUGAAACUCAGUAUAGACAUUUUAGAGAAAUCGUAGUGCGUUUCAAAUAAAACUUUUGGGCACAUUCCGGGAUCGAAAGCCGGAUACUGGAAACUGAAAUAAAUUCAGUUGGUCAUCGACUAACAAAAUCGGUAAACCCGAUAAAUUUCCUGUAUCUCCUGAACAGGAAGUCGGAUCUGAUAAAAAAAACAAUAAAUAUUCAUCGGAUCUCAGGACCUUUCAUUUGAAUCUUAGAUAGAGGAAAUCGGUUCAGCCAUCUACGAGAAAAAUAAGAGACAUUACGUAAUUUCGUUACACAUAUCAUCCUGUAGUUCCACAACCAGGAGUCAGAUCCAAAUGAAAUGCAGAAAUCUUGUAUUGGAGCAUAGGACUUUUCAUAUGAGUUUAAGUUUUUAGAAAUCGGUUACACCAUCUCCGAGAAAAUUGAGUAAAAUUUUUUUGUCACGCACACACACUCGCUGAUCUCGACGAACUGAUUCGAAUGAUAUAUGGGUGUAAGAAGUUAUUUUCUUCCAGAACCUGUUGCUGUAAGCAUUUUAAAUCAAUAUAAAUAUGAAAAUUGUUUUGAAUUCGAAGAUAAUGCCAUCUUUCUAAUACACACGUUAUAUUCGAAAGAUUAUGUUGCCAAAAAACGAACGUGCUUAAAAUCGAAACGAAGCAAAAUGUCGUGAGAAACGAUCCUGUAGACAAUCUAUAUGGUGCUUAGAAACAAUUGCAACAAGCAGUGUUAAAAACCGUGUUUCACUUUGCAACGAUUUAUCACACAGCGCUCAAAACUCCUAACAACAUUUUAACAAAUUAGUCAAUUAUUACAGAUAUUUUGACGACAAUCGGUAAAAACUUUGAAUGCAAAAACCGGAUAAAAACAUUUGUUUUUGAAGAACCGGUUGAGUUUUUGUCCGGUUUUUGCAUUCAAAGUUUAUCCGUUUCUUACAAAAAAAAAGAUGUUUUGAAACGAUUCUUGCAUUCCGUGUCUUUUCUUAACCCGGUUUUUUGUAUUCAAAGAUACUUAAACGGGUUUUCCAAUCUAUGUUGAGCUUAUCCGAUAUUUACUUUCAGUCGUUCAUUUAAUAGUGAUCAGGCUCACGAGGAGACCUUGCAUUUAAAACUAGUUUGCUCAAAAUCAGUCCAGUCAUCUCUGAGAGCUAGAGAAUUUUGUUAAGAACACACACAGACACACACAGACGUUUGCUAAGUUCAUCGAGUUGAAAAUGGAAAAGAUGAAAAACAGUGUCGCAUUUGCAUUAAGCCUACUUUGAUUGACGAUAAAUGCACUCACUUCCUUUUUCAUAUGGCGUUUUUCAUUGAAAACCACUGGUGGCGUGGAUUGGUCUGGUUUUGCACUUUCGAGCAGAAAUCGCAAUGAAACACCGUCAGAAUGUUGCAUUAGUAUCGUGCUUGCAGAAAAAAAUCAGGAGUGACGUCUCUUUCGCCGGAUUAUGUUUCUCCAGCGAAGUUCACUGUGUACCAAUGUUAUGUAGACUGUCAUGCGAUAAAUCAAUCACUCAUAAUUAUACGAAAUUUCACUACUUUGCAACAUUCAGCGGAUUGGUUACUAACAUACAUUAUCAACUUAAUGCGCAUACAGAAAGUGAUGAGAACUGAUUGAUAUUAACACUGUUUUUUCCAAAACGAUCACAUUCUUGGUUUUUUCGCUCAGUCGAAGCAAAAUCUUACAUCGAAAGAUGCCGAAUGAUAUUUUCAGAUAUUUCAUAUUUUCCAGCAAACGACAACUAAAAAACUUGCAUAGAAGAAAGAUCCUACGAAAAGAUAGAGUUAGUGAUAAACUUUUGUUUAAAAAAGUCUCGAAUGCUUAAAAAAGGUAGGGGGCGUUUCGGCCAGCAGGGGCGCUUCACUUUACCCUACUUAGUUAUGUGCUCCAAUAGUGGAAGCAACCAAAUGUACUCAUUUAUGUUAAAGCACGUGGUUCAUAAUCAAGACAACAAAAUAUGUAUGAUGUAACAUGGUUCUAUCAGUUGAUGAACAGGAAAUGACAGUUCAACUGACGUCGCUCGGAAUCGUCGUUGCGCUGGACUGUUCAGCGAAUUGCAGGCUAGUGCUACAGCAACAAUAUUUCCUAUGACAGACAAAUACGAAAACGAAUUACAAAACAACUGAUCGUCAGAAAGUCUGUAACUUGAUGUAUAAGAUUUAUUCCCAUGAGUUAUCAGUUCAGCGAAAUCUUCAAACAAUUAAACAAGCGUAACAUCGCAUAUAGUUCAACCUCAACCUUCAAGUUCUUUUUCCUUUACUCAUAUUAUCCAUUUCAUUUACUUUCUCUUCUCUCGAUUACUCAUUUCAUUCGCUAUCUACUCUAUUUAACUGUUUGUCUACACGCCUAAAUCGUGCUGAACCUCGAGCCCAUUUAAAAUCGUCUGAAAUUUUACAUGUGGAUUCCGAUUUCGAACCAAAAAUCGAUUCGAAUUAGGAAUUAGUUCUUGUAUUUGAAGCGGAUUCCAUUGAGAGAAUAAAAGAAAAUCCGAAUCAAAUUUCAGAUGAUUUAACAGAAUAGGUUCUUAUUUGCAGAUUCGCACUUGUCGCGGCUGGCUGAUUUCCCCCCUAAACGAUUGGCUAUUCCUGUAAGAAAUUUUCGCCAACAUUCUGCCAGAAUUCCGGCAAGAGUUUGGCAACAAUGCAGCAACAGUUUCCGGCAGAAAAUUUCGCUUUGCACUUUUGAACGGUUCUGUUUCUGCCAGAUUCUAGCCAUCCAAGUCUGGCAGAACCGUUUUGAAUCGGUUCUACAUUUUUAGUGCCUUUGAUUUUAUGUAUGUUUUUUUCAUAAGAAAUAUAUAUGAAGAGUAAUAACAGUUUUUACACUACCAAACAAUGCAAAGUUUUAUCUCUCAAUAUAUCCAUAAUUGCAUCUAAUUUACCUGGUCUCAAAAUUCGUUUUUAUUUUUGGAUGUGCAUGCAGGAGCGGCGAUUGACAAUUUAAGUCGAUCAGAAAAAAGUAGGAAGCUCGAGAAUGUGCAAAGGGUGACGUGACGAGAUAAUGACGCAAUUCCGCAUGCAAAAUUUGACAGCUGCUGGAAGCUUCUGCCAGCUGCCAAAAUUUCUCUUAAGCGGGAUUUCACCGUUUAUGAUUUUUGUCUUGCACGGUGAAAAUAAAGUACCCAUUUAUGGAUACUAUUCAACCCAUUUCCAAAAAUAACUGGGAAACAGAGAUGCCAGAUAUUUUCAUAAAAAAUCUGUAUUGCUUUGUACAAAAAAUCUGUAUUAAUCUGUAUUCACUAAUAAAAUGAAAUUCUUACAACAAAAUGAUGCUAAAAGAUGUUAUUCCAAUAGAUAGUGGUUGUAGGAUGGUAGAUUUUCAUAGUUUUUUUUAUUUUUUAUCCACAACAUUUGAAUUGUAAUUUAAUAUAUUCAUCUAGUUUGAAAUUGUUGACUUCAUAAUUUGACAUGGAAUUUUAACACCCAAUAUGCAACGUCAAGUCGGGUCAUACAACUCUCAGUUUGACAGUAAAGUGUCAUGAUGCCAUCACUUCCUUGAAUAUCAGUUCAAAUUGGUUUCAAAUUAUAAAAUAAAUGGAUUUCACAACAGAUUUCCAUAUUAAUUUGUGAUUUGUUCGUUGAUUGAUAGACUUUUUCUCGUAGCAUGAAUCAAAUACUUUUUUUUUCUUUCUUACUUUUUGUAAGAUCUGUAUAAAUCUGUAUUAAAUUGAGGAAAUCUUUAUAAAAUCUGUACUCUGUAUUAAGUCUGUAUGAGCAUGCAAAAAUCUGUAUAAUACAGAUAAAUCUGUAUAAAUGGCAUCUCUGCUGAGAAAACCCAUUCAAUGGGCUAGUAACCUUUUUGAUAGGUAUAACAACUAUGGGUAAAAGUUGGGUGGUUUAUUACCCAGUUUUACAUGAAGGAGCGCACCAAGAAUGAAUAAAGAAUUACUCAUUUUCAAAUAAUUCAGAAAUCAAUCAUGAUGAAUUUCCGGAUUACUUAGAAAUAGCAAAAUGAAUUAAGAUUAUUGGAAAUUUUUUUUUGGAAUAUUUACGUGGAUCAUGCCUGUAAUGAUGUUGGUUGUAAAUGUAGCUGCUAAAUGAAAAUCAGUUAACUCCUGAAACAAGAAUCAAACAUAAUAUCUCGAAAUCCAAACUAAAAAAGUGUCAAAACUUAUUUAAACUGGACAAAUUGGCGAGACAUGCACUCUGCUAAGCUCAUUUUCUGAUGAUUUAUGAAAAAUUCUCGCUUCCUAAAAUCAUUCAAGAACUUUUCAACCACUUAUUAUUGUUAUUAUUAUUUGACCCAUUUAUUUCAUUGACCAGCAAUAUGGAUAUCGGUAGUAUUUCACCUAGUUCUAUAUGUAAAUAAUAUCCAGCUUUUGAUAGCUCGAAUUGAAGUCGAAAAUGGGUAAUUGUGGUACUCAUAAACGGGUAUUUUAUUUCAACCGUGUAGACCGUAUCCUUAUUUGCUUUAAGUUAUUUAACAAUUGAACUGUCAAAAUUAAGCAUUCAGGGAUCUUUGACAACAGAGAAGAUAAAUACUGUGUUGAACUGACAACUGUUCGAUUUACAGUAACUGAUUUGUUUACGAGUCUAAAAAUGAAUUCACAAAAUAUGUGUGUCACAGUCGCAUCAAACAGCAUUCUUUAAUUCGAAAAUAUUGUAGCAACAGUAAGACAUAAAUGUCGCAUAACUUAAAAUCGUUAAGCUUCUACAAAACAAUCCUAGGAGAACAGUCAAUGUUGAAAAACGCAAAAAUAUCAUUUUGUUUUGAUGUACUAAAAGAACUGAUAUUUAGGAAGAAAACUACUGUUGCGUUUUGCAACAAUGGCUGUCAUUCUAAGAUUAUUGAUUGCCUCUUAAACUUGUUAGGAUCCAUCAUUGUUGCAACGGAAACUGAUUCAAAACAGCAGAUAACUUAAUUUACUUUUUCGGAAAUACAGUCGAAAUUCAUUACCGGUUUGAAAAAGUAGCAAUAGUAAUAACCAAAAUGGCGAACGAAAUAAGCUGUCAAUCGAAAUCGAAUCAUCAGUGGAUGACUGUGCUUUUGUCACCGCUCGCUUAGAUCCGGCAAUUUGUGAUAGUCAUUGGAGUUUUCAGCAGACUACAGCGCAGUUCAACGAAAGAAUACAAUUGCAAUAGACUACGGCUCCAAAAAAAAACACAACAAUGAUCGUAAUACUAGUAAGGAAUUAAGGAGGGGGAUGUGCAAAACAAAACGUGAACCAAAACUAACUGUGAAGGCAGAUUUUAGGUGGAAAAUCAUGCAAAUUAACGAUGCUAAUAAAUACAAUAGAUAAAGAAAAUUUUACACGAAUACUCAUCGACACAACUGCAAAACGGCUUAAAAUUCUUGAACCAAAACGCAAUAGAAUAAUGAAUAACAAUAAUACUCACUCACACAUCUUUAGAACAGUCAUUCUCAAGCAGAAAGCGCGAAACAAGGAAAGAAAAAAUUGAAAGAAAAUGCCUUUUCAAGUAAAACAGUAACUGUAGAACAUUAACACAUAAAGUCGUAGCUACUAAUUCACACUGACUAAAAUAGCACAUAGAUUUGUGAAUAAUUCAGAAAUAUAUAUAUUGAAGGUAUUUUACUAAACAUUCGAAACCGAGAGCCCAACACAAAUUCGCAGUAAACAAGUUUAGAUGUAGUAGUUAGAUGUACUUGUACAAAGAAAAAAAAACAAACAAAAAACCGUAUGCAUCAUAGUGGGCGCCGAGUGCGAAAUGCCAAUUCUGAUCGUAGUUCACUGAUCCCUAGUUAGUUUAUUUAGUGAACAUAAGAAGUGAACCACUCACACACACACAACCACGCGCACGCGCAAUGCAAUGUGAUGUAUAUCAGCUCUUACAAGUUACCAUAUCUUUUCGUUUGUGAUUCGUCAGAUUUCUACAUAUAUUAGAACAAUUAAGUUAAAUCAACCAAGCCUCUAAAAAACUCGCUCUCCUAGAAUUAUCAAUGUUUAUUCGCGUUACUUGACCAAAAAAAAACAAAAGAAGUGGUAUAUUUGUUCUAAAAAAUCACGCCUAGCCGAUAAGUAAAUGUGUGCUCGGAUCCAACCCCAAACACACAAACAUUCAUACUCACACUAAUUGCAAGCCAAACACGAAUCCAAUCGGUGAUAAUUUUGUUUUUGAAACUGCAGAUAGUGACAGCGUUAAAAAAGGUAAUGCGAAUCUUAUCCGAGGCAACAGGAAAACAAACAGAACCGGCGAAAAAAAAAUAUUUUCUUAGUACCAAAACAGCGCUCCUAUCUAGUGGACUACGUGAUAAACCAGUUUUUUUCUGUUUUUAUUUUAAGAUCUGCUGCUAGGAGAUGAUAACAAAUGAACUUUUACUGUUUUGGCCUCUUUUUUUUUAUGGGAUUUUUUUUUUUUUCAAUCAUAUAAUUUAUUAAGGCACACUGCUUAAGCUCUAAGAUGCCAAGGGCUUUUUCUAAUUUUAAUUAACAAAUAACUUAAAACUAGGAUAGUAUAUUAAGAUAAUGUAAUGACUUUGGCAGAUCCCGCCUUCAGCUGGCAAUCGGCACCGGCCGGCGUACUGAAUGUAACACGUUGGUAAGUAUCUUGGUAUUAGCCGCUUUUUUCUGUCCGUGUGGGUUCGCGGGGGACACCCCCAGGCUACGAAUACCAGGCCCAUAUUCAUCUCAUAGACUACAGCGGCCGUCCGUGGGCAAUGAUGAUGAUGUUACGGAGGAAAAUGAAAAAAAAAAUAUACAGAGAAGUAAAUAUUACGGAGAACAGAGUAAAAAGGGGAUAUGGGAACAAAAUGACUAAGAACGACAAAGAUCUAAUUAGUUGACAUCGAGAUGGUGAAAAAACGUGGGAGGGGGAAGCAGAAAAUUUAGUGACAGCAGAAAGAUCUUGUUAGUUCCAAUGAAGAUGGUGGACAGACGAGGGAUGGGGAGAUUCGGGCGGAUGUUAGUGUCGAACCUGUGGGUGGAGUUUCUUCUUCGCAUCAGUCGAGGAACAGGGGUAACUAACGCAGAUUACACUUGUAUAUUAAUGUGUUUAAGGAAUUUAUAUAUGAGUAACAUAUAUGAUAUAUCCCGACUCGCCAACACAUCUCGAACCGGAACAUCAGGUGGUCUACCUCGGGCCCUGAGGGAGUCCUUUAAAACAGACCUGGCGUCACAAUACCCCACACAUGACCAUACGACAUGCUCGAUGUCCUGAUAACCGUUGCCACAGGUGCAGAGACCGCUCUCCAUGACCCCAAUACGCCGAAGAUGUGCGUUGAAUGUGUAGUGAUUAGACAUGAGCCGAGACAUAACACGAAUGAAAUCGCGACUCACGUUCAUCCUCCUGAACCAAGGUUUCGUCGAUACCCUAGGGAUAAUGGAAUGUAGCCAUCGUCCCAGUUCGUCAUUACUCCAUGAAGUUUGCCAACUUUCAAGUGCUCUUCGACGAGAAAUACUGAAAAAUUCAUUGAAGCAGAUUGGUCUUUCAUAAAUAUCACCUUCUAAUGCGCCCACUUUAGCCAAUGAGUCUGCCUUUUCAUUUCCCGGAAUGGAACAAUGUGAAGGGACCCAGACUAACGAUAUUGAAUAAGACCGUUCAGAUAAAGUUCGCAAGUGUUCCCGUAUUUUCCCCAGGAAAUAUGGGGGAUACUUUCCUGGCUUCAUUGCCCGGAGAGCUUCUAUUGAGCUUAGACUGUCCGUGACAAUGAAGUAAUGGUCUUUGGGCAACGUUUCAAUGAUCUCGAGGGUGUACUGAAUAGCAGCUAAUUCUGCGACGUAAACUGAAGCCGGAUCACUGAGUUUGUACGAAGCGGUGAUGUUCUGAUUGAAGAUGCCGAAGCCUGUGGACUCGUUGAUGUUUGAUCCGUCAGUGUAAAACAUCUUUUCACAGUUGACUGUUCUAAAUUUAUUAUAAAAAAUAUUUGGGGCCACUUGAGGGCGCACGUGAUCCGGAAUUCCACGAAUCUCUUCUCUCAUGGAUGUGUCGAAAAACACAGUAGAAUCAGAAGUAUCCAACAAAUGAGCACGGUUGGAAACAAACGAAGAAGGAUUAAUAUUCUGAGCCAUGUAAUCAAAAUACAAGGACAUAAAACGGGUCUGAGAAUUGAGCUCGACAAGCCUUUCGAAGUUUUCAAUCACCAUCAGAUUUAAGAUAUCGCAUCGGAUUAGCAAUCGAUAUGAGAGAUCCCAGAAUCGAUUUUUCAACGGUAAGACGCCCGCAAGCACUUCGAGACUCAUCGUAUGAGUCGACUGCAUGCAACCUAAGGCAAUACGCAAACAACGAUACUGAACUCUUUCCAGUUUAAUGAAAUGGGUGUUCGCGGCGGAUCGGAAGCAGAAGCAUCCAUAUUCCAUUACGGACAAUAUCGUUGUUUGGUACAGCCUGAUCAGGUCUCCUGGGUGGGCACCCCACCAUGAUCCGGUUAUUGUACGAAGAAAGUUAAUUCUCUGUUGGCAUUUUUGUUUCAGAUACCUAACAUGACAUCCCCAGGUGCCUUUGGAGUCGAACCAGACCCCGAGAUAUUUAAAUGUGAAGACCUGAGCUAUGGUUUCACCCCUUAGUUGAAGCUGCAGUUGUGCUGGUUCUCGCUUCCUUACUGUUUUGGCCUCUCUUGGAUAUUGUUGCUUAGAUUUGAAAAUGCAUUGCUAACUCCGAUUUUGGAAAUCAAAUGACAGAACUGAAAUGACAUGAUAAAGGAUUUUUUUUUCGACUGACUCAGCCCUCUGUAAACGAGAGUUUGCUAAUUAAUUAACGAAUUCCAACCCAUUCGAAUAAUUCAUGUUUAUGAACGGUCAAAACUUUGAAAGACAAUGACGUAAAAUUCGAAAACAUUUGGCAAACGAAAAAAGAAGUUUUUCAAUCGUGUGAUGUUUGUUGUGGAUGCUGGUAGAAUUCAUGCGUUUUUUUUUGUCAACAACCAAUAGGAAAGAAAUUGCAGAUCAACUUUGGCUCUUCUUCCAAGUGGAUGUUGACAGGCGGCUUACUGCUCGUUAUCACAAAAGAACGCGAAGAUCAACCGGGAAAUUUUGAAUAAUGACAGAAGGUUUAUUGACCGUUUUCACUCAGCAACUGACAGUUAGCUAUGAGGACUGUUUUGAUAUGCUUUGCUCAAACAGAGAGUCGCUUGCUAUGAUUGAAUAUCGUUGUAAAUAUUGAGUGUACACGGAAAAUAAAAACUACCUAUUA